GCGGUUUUCGUUAUUGUGCGCUACGCCGUUUGGUGUUUGUCUACCUUUCUGGGUCGCUUAGGAUGAUAGAGUUUUUAUCUACAUUAUAGUCGAGAAGAUUUUGGCUUCACUCUCAAGAAUUCAUUUGCACGCAGAGACUGUCAAUUUCCUCUUUUUUUUACAAUAAGUCCGUCUACAGAUAAUGGUUCCCAGAUUUUCAAUGCCUGCUAAGUACAUGGAUCCGUCUAAAAGCCACAUGAAGCUCAUUUACUAUGCAGUCUAAUGAGGGCAGUAAAUCAUCUAGUCACACUCGUCCACUCUUUGGGAAUGAAUCUUCAAGACACUCAUCUCAUAAUAUGAAUUCAAGGAAACAUACACAUUCUGUAGAAUCGAGCAACUUACCACCACCUCCUCCACCUCCACCUCGGUAUCCAUUAAAACAUGACGGAUUCUCCCCACGAACCGGAUAUAUGGUAACCGGUACUCCUGCCGAGCAAACGCCAAAAUCUCCACCAAGGACUUCUUCUCUAAGACCCAGGGGAAUUCAUUUAAAACGUGAGAUUGGCUCAGACGAUCUUUUACAACCCGUCACGUAUGGAUCUUCAGAAUGUCAAAUCCUGAAAAAACCUCAGAUCAUUACAUCUUGCAGCAAUAAUGUAAACAGUGAAAAACAAUUUCCACUUGUUGAUCGUCCUGUUCGACCGUUUAAUUUAUGUAAUGAUAAUAAUAAUUUUACGACGACUGUUACUGCUGUUACAACAACAACAACAACAGCGACUUCUGUUAACAAUCAUGAAAAAUCGUCAAAAACUAUUGGAAUGAGUAAAAAUAAAGUGGAUAGUUUAUGUCAUGCUGAUCCUAGAAGUACACCACUAUUAUCACGUUUAUUGGCGCCAGGUUUUGCUACUUCAGUAGUUAGUUCAACAAAUAGUCCACCGAGUUCAAUCCAACGAAAAGGAAGUGAUCAAAGUUAUACAUCAUCAGAAAAUGAUCGAAGUUCUGGCCUUUUAAGUUCUCCAAAUCCGCAAGUUUUAUUACCUGAAACAAAAAGACAAGGAAUUGAAUUUGGUUUGACCAAUUCUAGUAAAUUUUCAAAAAAGAAUCAUGAGACUAGUUCUUGGAAUUCUCCAUCAUCUUCUACCAAUGUACAAUCAAUCAAUUGUGAAUGGCGUGAAUCAAUCAAUUGGCCUAGUAAAUCAGAAACACCGAUUGUUCAGUCUAAUAAAAAUCAAUCACCUAAUUUUCAACCAUCUCCUGAUAGCCAAUGUUGGCGUACAAUGACAUCUAUUCAGAGGAAAAAUGACAACAUGUUACCUCGUCGAUCAUCCUCAAACACAUGUUCAUCAGCUACACAAGAUGAAAUGGAAUCCAGUAUUGAUUCACCAGGGAUUUUUAAUCGAGGUCGAUGUGAUCUUGAAUCCAAUGAUCAAAAUAAAAUAUAUGAGAAAAGUUGUGAGUUUUCAACAAAUGCCUCUAGUUCCGGUGAUGCAGAUGAUGGUGUUGGUGCGAACGAUGAUGAUGGUGAUAAUGAUCACGCUGUGCAUCAAACACCACCGAAUGACGAAGAAAUUGAAUCAAACACUCGUAGUGAUGGGCAUGAUGAUGACGUUGGUGGUGGUGGCGGUGGUUGUGGUGAUAAUGAUGAUGAUGUUGAUGUAGACGAUAACAUGGACAGUGAUCAUGAUAGAACCCUUCCAGGUGAGAAUGAUAAAACUGGCAACCACUUUAAUAAUAACGAUAGUAAUAAUUCAAUGAAAAUAAUGAUGAUACAUCGUUCAUCACAUUCUUAUGUAAAUGAAUCUCAAGAAUUGUUUGCAGUACAUGAAGAACAGGAAAGACGUCGACAACAGCAACAAGAUAAUGAACAUUGUCAUCAUCAUCAGUCAAAUGAAGAUAAACACUUGCCUUUUAAUUACACAAACUCUGGACAAAAAGUAACACCCCAAUUAGUUUUAUCACAUUCGUCACAGGAACCAUGUGAUUUCGAGGAAGAUUGUCCUGAUUAUUCUAACCAGAUAAUUCAAGAAACAGGUAAUAUAAAUUCGCAAGAUAUAAUUCAACCACCUUUACCGCCUCCUCCACCACCUUAUAAAAUUCCCGAUCAUCUUCAACCAACUGAUGAAUCCUCAUUUUUCAUGAAUAAUCCUUGGGUACCAUCAAAUUAUCAUUUAUAUCCAUAUUCACAAUUACCUCAUCAUCCACCGCAUUUAUUACAUAAUCAUUUUCAUCAAGACAAAUUAUUCCCUGUUAAUAGUCAAUAUGAUGCUAAACGUUUUGUACCUAAUCCUAUUGUUUUGCCUAAAUCACCGGUAUGGCCAGUAUUUGAAAAUCCAAAUAAUCUAUUUUAUAUGAAACAAAAUAAUUAUCCACCAGAAUCAUUAUCUAUGCCUUAUCCAGGUGGUCCCAUAUCAAAACGUGCAAUAUGUCCACAAAAUAAAGAAGAAUUUUCAAGAAUUAUGAAAAAUGAUUUUAUACCACCAUUAACAUCUGUUUCUUCACAAGCGCUUGGAUUUCCAAUCCGCUGGUGUUAUCGUGGUUUGUAUAUGUUGCCUCGUUUCCCAGUAACAUCUGCCACAAGCAAUCAUUUACCAGUAUCAUGUUGUACAGCAACUGCUUUUGUUCUGACAACGACCACAUCUCAUAUUUGCUCUUUGGCAUAUGAAUACAAUGCAUACAAUCGAAAUAAUAAUCAGCAUCAACCUUUAAUCAUGAGCAAUUAUCAAUCAGAAUUACCAUUAGGCAAUGGUCCUGUCAUUGGACAAUUUACAGAGCCUGAAUUAUUUCCUUCUUCUAUGAAAUCGGAAUCCAUUCAUCAAAAUACUAACCAGAUGGAUUUUACCAGUCUACUUAAGGAAAAUCAACAAUUAAAACAACGCCUUAUAGAUAUCAAUGUUAGACUUCAAUAUGUAGAUGAGCUUGAAUGGCACGUACAACAAUUAAGUCAUCUGGUCGAGUCGAUGAUUUUGUCUCAUCAACGUCAGUGUGAAUUAGACUAUCAGUUGCAAAUUUAUUCACCAAUAUCUGCUCCUGUCUGCGACGUUGGCGGUGGUGAUUUUCAGCGCUUCAAAAUACCCCCAAAUUCUUCCUCGUCAUCAUCAUCGCCAUUUGGAUUAAACAACGAUCAUCAAUGUUCUACACAUCACUUCCACAAUAUGCCAGCAAAUCCUGGAAGUUUGCCUGUAAUGCCGACAAAUAUGUCAAGUUGUAGGACUCAUCCAUGUACAGCACAAAAUAUAACUAGACGAGUGACACAACCUAAUAUCAUGUCUACACGUUUCUAUGGUCCAUGUGUAAAGCAGACAAUACAAUCGGAAAAAAUUGAGCAACGUAUACCUAUGUUGAAUUCCACUAAGCGUUCUCUACAUCCUCAUUUAGUGGGAUCUAUGGAUCCACGUACCGUUUCUUUAGAUCGUGCAUCACAACCGAGAAAUUCUUGUACAACAUUUCCGAUUAUGGAAUGUAAUUGUAUACGAUGUCCAUUGCAUGAAACAUUCGCAUUACCACAUUCCAAAGAACAUGCAUACGUGAAUACAUUAGCAAAAGAUGAUGUAUUUUCUACACCUAAUGUCUCUAUGAUAAUUCCAAAUAGUCCAUGCUUUUCACCUAAUUAUCGUCGACGUCGUUUUACAAUGCGAGCAACAGUGGCACAAUUUCCUCCUUCAUUUGAUAAUGAAUCUCACUUAUUACCACAUUCCAAUGUACCACCACAGUGUUGUUCCCCACCGCCCCGAUUGCCACCUCCAGUGUCCACUUCAAUUUUUACUUCUAAUAAACCGAUAUCUAAUCCUACUAUUAAGAUAACUGACGAAAAUAAAAUUGCUAAUGUAUCAUUGAAACAUGGUAAUUCAGUGUCAAGGGAUUCAAUUCAACCACCAGCCAAUAUUACAAAUACCAAACAUAAGAACACUCGACCGACAGGUCUUAAUUUUAUGACAGAAAAAUCUGAAAUAUUAGAUGAUAGUCAAAUGUUAUUAAAACAUUUAUCACCGAAUAAUGAAUUUCAAUGUGUCAAUGGUUGUACAGUAGUAGUGACUACCACUUGUCAGUUAACUCAUUGUUAUCCAUUAUGUAUUAUAGAUCGUACUCUAACUAUAAAUGAAACAAAUGGUCAUCAUAAUAAAGAUGAAAAUCAAACGGAUGUUGAUGUUAUGAUAACGAAUAAUGAUAAUAAUACCUCAACAAUAGUCACGUUAACAUCUAUAACAUCGACGGCCAUCAUGACAACAACAUCAGCAACCACAUGUGCUUCUGUAAGUUCUAUUUCAACUAAUCAUCAUGCUCAACAUCAACAGUUUAAAGAAAAAUCUUUUUUAACCAAACCUAAAUGUGCACUUCCUAGUAGAAUAAACAAAAAAACAUCUGCUAAUUCAACUGUAGUACAACAACAAGAACUCACCAUGAUUGAUGAUGAGUCAACUAAUAAACGUGUAAAACAAUCCUCAUUGACAAACCGUUCUAAUACAUUAGCAAAAAAGAAAUAUAAUAACAAUAAAAACACAAAUGUACACAACAAAUCAAUAAUUACUAACCAACCAUCUAAUAAGAAACCAAAACCUACCGCUUCAUCUUCAUAUGAAAAUAAAAUGUCAGAUAAUCAAGACGCAGAUUAUAGCGGUAGUUAUGAAGGUGUUUCAAAUUCGAAUUCUUCUCAUUCUCAGUCGUCUGGAGCGUCAAGUUUAGAACCAGAUUCAACAUUAUCUGAAAGUUUAUCCCCUACAAAACAUCAUUAUAGUUUUAAACAUUCCAUAUCAGAUCAGAAAGAUACAACUAAUAAUAAUAGUAGUAACAGUAUACAUAAUCAAUCGUCUAAAGUGUUCAUCAUUCCUGAAAUGUGUUGUUCACCACGAUAUACAUCGCCUAGUGAAAUAAAGAAUUCUUCAAAUUCAUCUGUUGUAUUUAAAGAUUCCAAUUCUAUAUCAUCCACUUCUAUGCAUACUUGUUCAAAUAGUCCAGUUUGCACAGUCAAUUCAUGUAAUAUUGUUCUGUCAGAUGUACGAUUAUCAUCCCCUCUUCAAGCUACAUCAUCUUUCAAUUCCAUUAAUAAUAAUAAUAGUAAUAUUAACAUCCCUAGUGUUCAUGUCAAUAGUUCAACUUCUUUUACACCUUGUCAUUCAGCGAAUCUUAAUUCAAUUACACUUUCACCACCUAUUAGUGGUCAUAAUUUUAACAAAAAAUCUCAUCUAAUUCCAAUAACUACCCAAUUUAUUGAAUCACAUCUACCAUCACCUUCAAAUUAUACAAUUGGAAAAAAUCAUACUAGUGGAUUAUUUAAUCAUAAUAAUCAAACAUUUACAUCAAAUAUUUAUAAUCCAAAUCGUUCAUUAAUGAAUAUUAGGCCUAGUUUAUUAACUGUUCCACAGAAACCAUCUCUUCAGGUACGUUUUGCACCUCCUAUUCGUGUAAACCCAUAUAGUAAUAAUAAUAGUAAUACUACUAAUAGUAAUAAAAGAAUAUUGUUUAAUUCAUCAUUAGGAAGUCCAAUUUUCAAUCAUUCAAAUGUAAAUCAAAGUUCUACAAUUGAUAGUAUUGUAUCACCAAAUCUAUUACGUAAACAAUAUUAUUAUUAUGAAUAAUAAUAAUAAGAAGAAGAAUAAUAAGAAAGUUAUUACACUUUUCCUUUUCAUUCAAUUUUCUUAUUUCUUAUUAAUGAAUUAAUUAUUUGUAAAUUAAUUAUUUCAAUGAUGUAAUCAAAUCUCCUUACCUCAUUAGUUAUGUAUGUAAUUCAUCUAAGUGUUAUUGGUGUAUUAUUAUGAAAAUAUAAUUUUAAUUAAUUUCACAAUGAAUCUUACCUAUUUAUGCCUAUUACCCUCAAUGGAACAUAGGCUGCCAACGAGCAUUCUUUAACGCACUCUGUCCUGGACCCUCCUUUCAUUCUUCGCCAAAAUAUGUUCUCUGGUCUUCCUCUUCUCCCUAUUCAGCCUUGAGGAUUUCAUGUGUGAAGGCUUGUCUUGUGACGUAGUUGAGUAGUGAAUCAUUCAACUUUUUAUUAUUAUUAUUAUUGUUCUUAUUCAUUUUGAAUUGUUACACUGUUAUACAAACAAAUAAACAACUGAUGGUGAUGCUUCUGAUGAUGAUGAUGAUGAUGAUGAUGAUGAUAAUUGUGUAAUUGUAAAAUAAAUAAAUUAUGUAACAUUUAAUUUAGUUUUGUUGUUUCAUGUAUUUUAACCUGCAAACAAAUCUUGUUUCAUUGUUAUCGUUGUUGUUAUUAUUUACUCGUCUUAAAUAGUGUUCAAUUUCUCUUUUCUUUCAUUCAAUUAUUGAUUGUUUCUUUUGGUAUUCAUCUGUUUAUUUAUUUUGUUUGUUUUUGUCUUUCAUAUUCUUUUCGUUGUUUAUUUUCUCUCUUAUUUUUAUUAGUUCUAAUAAUUAUGAUUCAAAUAUAAACAAUAUGAGUUCACUAUUGAACUAAUCAAAUCAAUAUGCAUUUAUUAGUAAACAUCAAGCUUAGUGAUUAGAUCUCUUUUCAAUGAAUCUUUUUUUCCAUGUUAAAGUACUAGUUCUGUAACAGCUUAUAAACAAGAAAUAACCAUAAUGAUGCAAUCAAAAGAUUAUAGUACUAGAUUACGUAAUAUGAAUAAUAACAAUAGACAAGUAAGUAUAUAUAUAUAUAUAUUUACAGAAGUAUAUACUGUACGCUUAUACUGUGUGUUUUUUCCCUUUCAAAUUGAAUGCAUUUAUCUCAGCCUUUUUUAUUUGUUUAUUUCUUUAUAUUUUCAUUGCAUUUAUUUAUCUUUGUUUGUUUGUUUCUCAUUCUCUGUUCCUGUUUCUAUGGUUAAGUGCAAUAAACUGUUAUUUACAUGUUCUUAAAUUUUUAUUGUUACUAUCCCCUCCCACUUCUGUCGGUGUAUUUAGUUUUAUUAUUAUUAUUACUAUUAUUGUUGUUGUCAUAUUAUGAAUCAAUUUGUUUUCUGUUAAUUUCUAUAAUUUUUUUUCUGAGUGAGGGGGGGGUAUGAUUCUAGUUAUUAUAUUAUACUAUACCAGUGUUGUACAAGAUUAUUUAUUAUUAUGACUGUUGUUUUAUAGAUUAAUUACAGUUAAUCAUAAUUAAUCUUUCUGUUGAUCUAUCAUUUAUUAAUAAAGCUUUAAAUAAUCCCGUUGAACAAAAUAAUAAUAAUAAUAACUAUUAAGAUUCGUUAGAUGAUAAAUUGUUGAUAUUUGAAGUGAAAGAGGUAUUGAGUUCGAGUCUCAGUGGGACAUAGGUGUAUUCAGUCGAUGGGUCACAAUUAUGAUAAAGUAUACAUCGUAUACUCUACUUCUUGACACAGUUCAUCUAUUUUAUAAAAUUUUAGCAAAUAAAGCACACAUAACUACAUCAUAGAAGGUAGAUCUUGUAUAAUUUAAUUUGAUUAAAAAAAAAUUCAGUGAUGUGUUAUUAACUCCUGCUUAAUUAAAUACACUAUAUCUGUACUUGGUAACUGAUCUUCAACGGUAUCGAUAAAUUUUUUUGAUGGAAUAUUGUGUUUUCAAUCAGUUUAGCCAGCUUAUACAUUGAGAACAAUUUAUUAAUGAUUGAGUAUCUAGUAACCAUCCUAUAGGGUUAAUAAAACUGCAUAAUUACGUGUAAUUGAGCUUGUGUAAAUUCUAUAUAAGUGACUGGUUAUAUUCGAUUCUUUUUUGUCUAACAUGUUUCAUAUUCUGCUGAAACAGUAUCACAUUUGCAAUUGUUUGAUCAGUGAGUAGUGACCAAAAUUCUCUGACUAUAAAGGUGUAUGACACGGAAUCGAAUCCACCAAGGACAUUUAGGUCCAUUAAAAUUAUAGAUACACCUUGCUAACUAGUGUCAAAUAACACGAAACCUAGAUCUAGGUUUUCCUGUCAACUACUUUCAACCACCACCUUACAAUGUGCUUAAAUGUAAUAUUAUGGUCUUGAAACUAGCAUUGCAAUAUGUGAGUAUUUUAUUUGUAAUUGUGGUUACAUUUGUGAUCAUUUACUUUCGCAUAUUUAGUAGUAAAAAAGUGAAAAUAAUCGCCAUGGCGAUGAUAGUGAGAAAGACUACAUAUUGAGAAUACAAUUUAAGUAGACUGAAUAUAAAGCAGGUAUAAAGUAGCAGUGAUAAUCAAAAUCUAGAGUAAUAUGGAUGAUCAAUGUAUAUGGAUCACUAGGUCCUAUAAAACAACAUGUGUAUUAGUGUUACUUUAUUUACAAUGACACUUGUCGAAAUUGGAUAUAUAUUAAGGUAACUU